AUGGAUCAAAAUUUAAGACCACGGACACGUGUAUUUACAGAUUCCAGAGGCAAAUCACACCUAUUACUUUGUUUCUAUGGUAAAUUCAAAAUUGUAUCACGAAUCAAAAACAAUAGCAGUAUUGGCAAUGAUAAUGGUAUAUAUGCAGAUGAAGAGUUGGAGGAGAUACCUGUAUUAAUAUGGAUAGAAGAAGAUUAUCCAUUGAGCCAUCCGUUAUGUUAUUUAGAUCUAGAGCAAAUUGACAAGGAUUGGGUAAUAAACAUUGGGAAAAACAUUGAUUCAAAUGGACAGAUCUACUUGCCCUUUUUCAAGGAUUGGAAUGACCAAGAUUCGAAUUACAAUAUUAUCAAUACGAUUAAAAAUUUGCAAAAUACUAUCAAUAAUGAAGUCUUAUUACGUAGAAAACAACCUUUAUUGCCACCAAAAGUGAGGGAUAUAGAUAUAAGUAAUGUUAUUACUGCUACUGCUAUUGCUACUACUAUAAUCCCACCAGCGAUUCCUGAAAGACCGAAACUACCCACAACAACAACGGCAGGUAGUAUACUACAGACAGAUAUUAAACCAGAAGAAGAAAAGAUAGUAGAUUUAAUGGAUACAGAUAUUAUAUCAACAGAUCUAUUAUCACGGUCAAAUGUAGAGAAUAGUACCACACAUCAACAGCAAAUAGAUGAGUUAUCAGAUUUAUUAAAUAAGUUGGAAAUAAUGGAAGAGGAAAGGAUAAAGCAGGUGGAAGAUAUAAAGUUGAAUGAAAUAGAUGAAUCAAUAAGACAAUUUCAAGAGACAUUGGACUAUGAAAACAAAGAGAUGGAUAAGAUGAAAUCACAAAUAGGUAUGACACGAGAUUUAGUGAUUAAUAAGAUAAAAGGUUUAGAAGAAAUUGAGUUGAAUUGGUCAGAGAGAUAUAGAAAGAUAAACGAUGUUUUAUUAAGUGAUAAAGAUAAUGAUGAAGAAUAUAAUUUUCAAACGACUGAGACAUUAGGAUUAAAUCAAUUAUAUGGUUUAGUAGCAGAGGAUAUGGCAUUAGAUGAUACAAUAUCUGUUUUGAAUGGAUUAUUAUCUAAGAAAGGUAUUACUGUGGAUAUAUUUAUAAGAAAGACACGAGAUUUAGCCAAAAGACAAUUUAUGAUUAGAUUGCAUAUUGAAAAGAUAUAUAACAUGUUAAAUGAAUCAGCAUAA